AUGGGAGGUAUAUUGAAGAACCCACUGGCUUUGUCGCCGGAACAACUGGCGCAGCAGGAUCCGGAAACGCUUGAGGAGUUUAGAAGACAGGUUUAUGAGAACACACAGAAAAAUGCCAAAUUAACAUCGAACAAGAGGAACGUACCGGGGCUGGGAUACCAAGAAGAAGAGGCGGAAAUAGUUGGGACAUCCAAGCGCUCUCUUCCAAAGGACGUUGUAUCGCUCAAGCAUGAGCAUGACAUGCUGGCCAAAAUGACACCGGAAGAACAGGUCCAAUGGAACCAGAUGAAUUUGGCUGAAAAUGAGAUAACGAAACAGCAGUUCCAGGAUAUCCAUAUAGACGAGCCUAAGACCCCCUACCAAGGAGCCGUGGACCCUCACGGGGAAUACUACAAAGUGGAUGACGAUGAGGACGACGACAACAAUACCAGUGAUAAAGGGCCUGGCCAAGUAGCCAACGACGAUAUCGAUGAUCUGUCCUUAGGAGAGCCCGAAUAUGAGAUCAAAGAGAACAAACAGCCGGAUAUAGAAAUGAAUGACGAGAAUGACGAGGACUCUUCCGAGGCAAGGCAUAAGAAGUUUGAAGAGUUGAGGAAGAAGCAUUACGACGUAAGGGCCAUUUUCAACGGCAAGGCUCACGAAGCGGUGGAGGAUGAAGAUGAAGACAGAGACGAUACAAGACCAAAAGAACAAUGA